CUCUCGUCGGGCUCAGCGGUCAGGACGGUAUAAAAGCAAGCACGGAAUGGUGCUCUGGACACUGGAAAUCCCCGUUUCCGAGCACCCAAAACCAACAUGAACGGAUACACCCUCCUCGCCUUCCUUGGCGUCAUCGCCGCUGCCUAUGCCGGUGGCUAUGGCCUCGGCUACGGUCAUGGUCUCGGCUAUGGCCACGGCUAUGGUCUUGGCUAUGGCUAUGGCCACGGCUAUGGACAUGGUUAUGGCCUCGGCCACGGCUACGGACACGGCCACCAUGGCGCCGUUGUGGCCACCUCUGUGCAGAAGACUGUUCAUCAUGCUCCUGCCCGUGCUGUUGCUGUUGGUGUUGCUCACGGCUACGGACACGGUCUUGGCUAUGGACACGGUCUUGGCUACGGCCACGGUCUUGGCUACGGCCACGGUCUUGGCUACGGUGUUGCCCUCGGCCAUGGUUAUGGAUAUGGUCAUGGCUUCGGACACUACGGCUAAAUACAAUGUUUAUCAUAGUCAACCAUCCAACAAGAGUGAAAGGAAAGAUGUAUCCGGUACACGGGCCAAAAAGAAGGGGACGAGGAAUGUGAAAAUAAAAUUGUUAAUUUAU